AUGAUCACCGCAGAAGAACUAGAAAAAGCGGAGUUGCUGUGGAUGAAUGCCAGCCAACGAGAGGCCUUUCCAGAGGAAAUUGAUAUGAUUGGGAAAGGCAGGAAUAUCAGUAAGAACAACCGCUUCGUCAACAUAAGAGUCUUAAUGGACGACAAAGGAACUCUACAUGUAAGAGCAAGGACGUCACAAAAUGUCGACCCACCAAUACUCGACGGAAAACAUCCCUACACCCGGCUCUACAUAGCGCAUGUACACGAACAAUUGCAUCACGGAGGUGUAGAGAUGGUUGUGAACGAACUAAGACAAAGAUUGUUUAUAUUGAAGAUACGACCGUCAGUUAAAACUGUCAUCAAGAGUUGUAUGCAGUGUCGCAUUAGAAAAGCCAAGCCAGCUUCACCGUACACGGGCGACCUUCCCGCGGCUCGAGUAGCUCAUCACGCAAGACCAUUCACCUUCACAGGACUCGAUUAUUUUGGACCGAUAGAAGUAACUGUGGCGAGACAUAGAGAAAAGCGAUACGGGGCGUUAUUUACAUGUCUAAUGUGUCUAACUUCAAGAGCCAUUCACAUCGAAGUCGUGAGCUCAUUAAGCGCGGAUGCGGCUAUUUCGGCGCUACGAAGAUUCCUUGCCCGGAGAGGGUUCCCCAAAGAGAUCUGGAGCGACAACGCGACCUGUUUUAAAGCGGCGAACAAGGAACUGGCAGAGGCCGCUCAAGAAGCUCUAGAAAAUGAAGUAAAUUGUCGUCGCAUCACAUGGAAAUAUAUACCGCCGUCAGCACAUGGAGACGAAGCUGCCAUCACACCCAACCACAUCCUCAUCGGCCCGAACUGCCACGCGCCUGUGCCGGGCCACUUCACCAGCAGCGAUGUGUCUGCCCGGCAACUGUGGAGGCGCGCCCAGGCCCUCGCAGAUGACUUCUGGCGCCGAUGGGUGAGGGAGUGCCUGCCCUUGCUCCGUCACCGGCGGGAGCCCUAUGGCUCCGGCGGCGUCGCCCCUCAACUGGGCGAUGUCGUAAUCAUCUGCGACUCCAACCUGCCUCGCAACACCUGGCCGCGAGGCCGGGUGACCCGCCUGUACCCGGGCGCCGACGGAGAGGUGCGCGUCGUCGACGUCACCACGAGCAACGGGCACGUCCUGCGCCGGCCUACGAAGAAACUCGUCGUGCUGCCAACGGGAUCGCGGUUCGGCGACGGCGGGAGGAUGUGCACGACAGCGUAA